AUGGAUGACGGGGACGGGUUCCAGAGCCCACCCAGCGGGUUCCAGAGCCCACCCAGCGGGUUCCAGAGCCCACCCAGCGGGUUCCAGAGUCCACUCAGCGGGUUCCAGAGCCCACCCAGCGGGUUCCAGAGCCCACCCAGCGGGUUCCAGAGCCCACCCAGCGGGUUCCAGAGCCCACUUAGCGGGUUCCAGAGCCCACCCAGCGGGUUCCAGAGCCCACCCAGCGGGUUCCAGAGCCCACCCAGCGGGUUCCGGAAACCCCAACAACAGGCGCCACCACAGCAACAGACGCCACCACAGCAACAGGCGCCGCCACAGCAACAGGCGCCGCCACAUCAACAGGCGCCGCCACAGCAACAGGCGCCGCCACAGCAACAGACGCCGCCACAGCAACAGGCGCCGCCACAGCAACAGACGCCGCCACAGCAACAGACGCCGCCACAGCAACAGACGCCGCCACAGCAACAGACGCCGCCACAGCAACAGACGCCGCCACAGCAACAGACGCCGCCACAGCAACAGACGCCGCCACAGCAACAGACGCCGCCACAGCAACAGACGCCGCCACAGCAACAGACGCCGCCACAGCAACAGACGCCACCACAGCAACAGGCGCCACCACAGCAACAGACGCCGCCACAGCAACAGACGCCACCACAGCAACAGACGCCGCCACAGCAACAGACGCCGCCACAGCAACAGACGCCGCCACAGCAACAGACGCCGCUACAGCAACAGACGCCGCCACAGCAAAGGACAUACCGUAAUAGAAGUUUAUGCCUGGAUUUAUGGAGAUGGCAGGUGACAUGUGCGGCCGAGAAGACAGGAGCGGGGAUGAUAACUAGACUGUACAUGGCGAAGCUCACGGACCUGCAAAUGGCUGGCAAAUCUCUAGAGUUCACAGAUGAAUUUGACAUCUUGGGAAUCAAGUUCGACUCAUCAAUGACAAUGAAGAGCCAUGUGCUAAACCUAGCUCAAAAGGCAGCUAGGAAACUUACAGCUUUACGGCGCAUCUCUCAUCGUCUUUACAGCAAGGGAUGCUAA